UAUUGUAACGUGCACGGGGGCUUAUACAGCAAAUAUGCGAGACAAGAGUCCAUGUUACCCUCGCCCAAAUCCUAGUUGUGUACACCCUCGUUAGCCCUGCUCUAAGGGGAAAUCACCAGUCCGACAGGGCUCUACGGGGAAGUGACGAAGCGGAGGCGGUGUAGAGAGUCGGACAGAGAGAGAGCCCCGGGUAGAUUAGCGAGUGGAUAAAGAAAAGGUAGUCGGCGUGGUUGUGGCCAACAGCAACCCUGCAACUGUUGUUUCAGCAUAUUGUUGUUUUUUUUUUGCUUAACUGUUUGUUACCUUUCAGGUUUUUGUCAGUGCCAAUAAACCUGGUGCUCCACUCUGUUUAGCCUCCUAAUCACGGUGAUUUCCGAAUACAUUACACUGGUGAUCAGAAGCGGGAUACAAAAAUGGAACGAGGUGUUGCUGCAUUCACCAGCCACCUAGGGCUGUGGUCACAGUGGCAGGGGCUGAGGGUACAGGCGGGCAUUCUGCAGAGGCGUUGGAAAGAGCCGGCCACCGGAGAAGAGCGGUGGCAAGUGGUGGUGCCGAAGAACCUGCAGGAGCCAACAUUGAGGGCGCACCAUGGGAUGCCAGGAACAGGCCACUUUGUGGCGACCAAAACGUUGCGCCGGCUUCAGCAGGGAUUCUACUGGUGCCGGUGCAGGCGCGAUGUGGUGGACUUCUGCCGGAGAUGCGACGAGUGCACCGCCAGGAAGGGACCCUCGGAGAGGUCCCAUGCUCCCCUCCAGCAGCUCAUCGUCGGCAGUCCCAUGGAAAGGGUGGCUGUGGACGUCAUGGGUCCAUUUCCACGUUCAGACAAAUGGAACCAAGAUCGCUACAGUAUUAUCUUCUUUUUUUUUUUAGAAGCUAGCUAAUUUCACUACACUCCCGGGUGUAUAAUUUCUAAUUAGUUUAACUAGCCAUAGUGUGUUACAUAUGUAUUGCUACUUUUAUUUUGAGUUUGUUAUUAUUAUUAUUAUUAUUAUUAUUAUUAUUAUUAUUAUUAUUAUUAUUAACCGCGACGUCUCGUCGGGUCACCCUUACACAGAAGCAGGUUAGUUAGUUUGUAUUCCACCGUAUUAGAGCCUGCAAGUCCUCCUGUGAGUAUAAAUCUAUAAACGUAUCAAAAUAAAUCAAUAGGCCUACAUUUUACAAAACAAAAAGUCCCUGGGGAGCAAACCUGCAGCGUUACCACAGCACCAUGGCAACCUAGCAACUGAUUGAAACAUCCUAACAUGAACAUAGCCAUUGCGCAACCCUCCACUUGAGAUUGGAGGCCUUUCGGUUCAUUGCUCCGCAUUCUGCUCUGCCAUUCGUCAGGAACCGUGCCAAUCACACCUCAGCAGAGGUUCUGCCCCAAUGUUAAGGUAGGUUGACAAGUUUGAGAGCUAACUUCUGCAGAGAUUUCCUUUCUGUAAAGUUGUGAAGUACCUGCAGCUUGUGUUUCUAACUCUUUACUCAGCAAGCUCUUCAGAGUCUUUCUGGACACCAUGGUUAUCAGUAAGAAGCAGCUGAAAGAAUCUGCAUUGCCCUCAGUGCAGGAGGUGAGAGAGGCAGAGCUGGAGCAGGAGAGCUCACAGAGUGGGAGCCACCAACUGGGAGGAAUAGCCAGCAGACCCUGGAAAGCAUUUAGCCGAGGGAGCACAGAUACCAAGACGGUUUCCAGAUCUGACAAAGCCCAUUCGCCAACAGAGAGGGCGUCCGCCGGUCCGAAAGAAGAGGCAGAGGAGGACUCACCUGCUGAGCAGGAAGGGGAAGACCCCCAGGGGGCCAAGUCGAGAGAGAGCUCCGAGGAGGAAGCUACAAACCAGGAAGAAGAAUGGGACACCGACCUGGAAAUAGAUGAUGCAAAGCAGCCCCGCUAUUCCACAGUAAAGACGCUGUAUGAAGAAGCCUGUAAAAUCUUUGCCGUGGUUCCAGCGUCAUACUUCCUGCGCCACAUGCAUGACCAAGAGCUCAACCUGAUGCAUCAUGGACUGGGGCCACAGGGUGCCAAAGCUCUUUCCGUUCCCUUGGUAACCAAUACCUCCGUUCUGAACUUGAAUCUGAGUGAUAAUUGGCUUGGAGGAGGAGGUGGAGUGGCCAUUGCAGAGAUGCUGAAAGAGAACUGCUACAUCACAGGAAUCGACUUGUCAGACAACAAGCUGGGAUUAGCAGGUGCCCAGGCUAUUUCCGCCAUGCUGAAGGAGAACGUCACCCUGGUGAAUAUUAACCUGUGCGGGAAUGAGUUUGAUGACCAUGCUGCCACACCCCUGGCUGAGGCUUUCAUGAGCAACCACAAAGUGCAGUCCAUAGACUUGAGCCACAACCUGAUGGGAGAGGGAGCAGGUACAGCCAGGCAGCUGCUGUGGGGUCUUCAUACAGCUGUCAACCUUGCAGGGGAAGUCUUGGGCAAUGCCAUUGCUGAAAACACUGGGAUGAAGGAGCUCAACCUGAGCUGGAACUGCUUUCGUGAAAUGGGAUCCAUACCUAUAGCAAAAGGCCUUGGGGCAAACAUAUUCCUUCGAGCGGUGGAUUUGUCAUACAAUGGGUUUGGAAAGACUGGAGCUGCUGCCCUUGGAGAAGCUCUGAAAGUGAACAAUGUGCUUGAGCAUCUCAACGUCAGUAACAACAGGAUUCCACCAGAGGGAGCUGUGAGGUUUGCCACGGGCCUUAAAGAAAAUAAGACCUUAAAGACCUUGAAUUUCUCUCGAAAUCCAAUGCAGAGCGCUGGUUGUUAUGGGAUAAUUAAAUCCAUGCAAGGAAACCCAGAGUCUGCUAUUGAGUUCUUGGAUUUCUCUGACAUUACUGUGAACAAGGACUUUGAUGACUUGCACACCUCCGUCAAAGAGAUGUUCCCUCAUCUGAAGGUUAUACACGGAGGCAACACAGACGAGUUCAGAAAAACAAAAGCCAAACACUCCCCCACACAGCUGUCAGGCCCCUUAUACAAGCUGAAGCAGCACAUGAAGGAGAACAGCUUGAAUCUGGUGGAUUUCUUUGAACGUGUGGACAAGGACAAGAGCGCAGUGGUCACUCGGCGCGAGUUUGAGCAAGGACUUGUGGGUGCUGGAAUCCCUUCAUCCAAGGGGGAACUGCAGCAGCUAAUGGAUACCCUGGACAAGGAAAAGAAUGGCGAGAUUGAUCUCAGUGAACUUAACAAAUUACUGAUGAGUGACUAACAAUACACAGCAUGCCCGGCUCCUCUCUAGACGUAACUGAAGACUUGCCCGCACAUUUUGCAUGAAGAUUAACACUGCUGGAAACCUGCUGGCACUGCAGAGAUCAAAUCACGCUGCCGCCCGUUAACUGCAUGGUCUUCAUUUCCUGCACGGCUUUAAUCUCAUUUUCACCUUUACACAAUGGCCAGCUAGAGUUCCACUGCUAAUGCACAGCACAAGCGAGGGGAGCAGAGAGACACUUCCACGGGUAACACUGUGUCUGAGGUGGGUCCCAUCCAGGGGAUCACCAAGGGCACUGUUAGGUAUUACAGCACCUGUAACCUCAUGGCAUUAGUGUAAUGUGGAACUGAAUCAGGCAGUAUUGGGACCCAAUACUGUUCCAAAUGGGAAUUGCUUCCAAGAACACAUUUCUCUUUUAAUUAGUACAGUGUCUACACUAAUAACUGUAUGCAUUGGUCAUAUAACUGUCACAAACAUCUGUUUACUAACUUUCAUCAACUCACAGCAGUGUGCAGCUUUCCAUGCCAUGCCAUGCCUGCUGGCUUCAUCAGCCAGAAAUGUGCAUAACUAAAGUGUCAUUCCUGUAUUUAACUUUCAGAUUGCUAGCAACAUGCCCCGGUAUGUAGGUUGUAUGAUUCCCAGGUUGCUGAAAUCCUGGGGUUAUCCCACAGUCGCGUGACUCGAGAAACACAACGAUUGGAAGGAAAUUUCCAAUCGCUAUGUCUCCUGUUCGUCCAUUAAUUCUGAGUUGCCAGGAAGCCGAGCAGGAUCAGCACUGACAAGCUCACUGAAUGUGUUAUUUUAUUCUUUUCCUUGUUCCUGUGAAUAGAGAGGAGUUUGAGAAGAGCUUAGGAAACAACACUGCACUCAGGUACUUACUGGCCCCAAGGUUUUAACUCAUGGGUUAUUUGAAUGAAUCAAAUAAAAUGUAAUAAUCAUGAAACAAAUGUCUAGAAGAGUUCCAUCAAUAUCAAGAUUUAUGUUAUUCAUAAAAACACAACAUUCUUUAUGGUCAUGCGUGCUAGCUUUCUGAUGAGGGCCCUGCAAGCCACAGUGCAAAUGGUAACAUACCUGUGCUGUAACUGUGCAUUGGUGGAGUAGUGGUUAGGGCUCUGGACUUUUGAUUAGAGGGUCGUGGGUUCAAUCCCAGGUGGGGGACACUGCUGCUGUACCCUUGCGCAAGGUACUUUACCUAGAUUGCUCCAAUAAAAACCCAACUGUAUAAAUGGGUAAUUGUAUGUAAAAAUAAUAUGUAAAAAUAAUGUGUAAAAAAUAAUGUAAUUGUAUGUAAAAAUAAUGUGAUAUCUUGCUGGUUUUAAGAAAGUGGAAUGGUUGUACAUUAUAAACGUCAGUUAUUUAGAAUCAAUACCCUUUGUAGACUGAUUAUGGAUAAAAAGUUGGUUGUUAACA